AUGAAGGCUUAUCGGGACAGACGGGAUGGCCAACGCCAGUCGAUCCAAGACAAGUACUCGAUCCUCGGCUUCAUCUCCUCAGGAACCUACGGGAAAGUAUACAAGGCACAACCCAGGAACAACAACAACACCACUGUAGUAGCAAUCAAGAAAUUCAAACCAGGGAAGGCGAAGUCUCAUACACUGGAAUCAGUCAGAGUGCCUGUCGAGAGAUCAUGGUAA